UACGAACGAAUGCGGCGCGAGGAGCUUCAAGACGGUUAAUGACGGAAGUCAUUUGACGUCAGUCGGGAGAAAUCAUCUCUAUAAAUAAGGGCGAAAGAAAGCUCCAGAUGGAGGUAAGCGAGCUGCGGUCCCGAGAGAGCGCGAGGUACCUUCAUCUGUUCCGACAUGCCGAAUUCAAGCAGCUCCACAUCAUCCACGAAGAGCAUCCGGAGAGCUGCGUCCGAACUCGAGCGCUCCGAUUCCAUCACGGUUUACAUAGACUGCGUUGAAGUUCUUACGCGAUUUUGGAGAUGUAAAUCACCUCCACCAGAUGACCAGAAGUCUCAGAAGUUUGUGGGAAGGCGGCAGAGUUUGAUCGAGGACGCGCGGAAGGAGCGCGAGGCGGCGGCGGCGGCGGCGGAGGCUGCGGGGCUCAGCGAGCAGAUCGUGUUCGAGGAGAGCGAUGGGAAAGCCUUGCUCAGUCUCUUCUUCUCCCUGAGGAGUUCAAAGAGCCCAGCGCUGUCCCGCACCCUCAAGGUUUUCGAGACGUUUGAAGCCAAGAUCCAUCAUCUCGAGACCAGACCGAGCCGAAAACCGAAGGACGGUCUGGAGGAUCUGGAGUAUUACGUUCAGUGCGAGGUGCACCUGUCUGACGUCGGCACACUGGUCAGCUCUCUGAAGAGGAGCGCAGAGGACGUCAAAACCACUAAAGAGGUCAAAUUUCAUUGGUUUCCAAAAAAAAUCUCUGAACUGAAUAAAUGCCAUCACCUCAUCACCAAAUACGAUCCGGAUCUGGAUCAGGAUCAUCCAGGAUUCACUGACCCCGUUUACAGAAAACGGCGGAAGAUGAUUGGAGACAUUGCCUUCAAAUACAAACAAGGAGAACAGAUUCCCAGAGUGGAGUAUACAGAAGAGGAGAUCGAAACAUGGCGUGAGGUCUACUCCACCCUCAGGGAUCUGUACACCACCCACGCCUGCAGCGAACAUCUAGAGGCUUUCCGCUUACUGGAGAAACACUGCGGCUACAGUCCCGACAACAUCCCUCAGCUGGAGGAUGUGUCCUGCUUCUUAAAAGAGCGCACAGGGUUUCAGCUGCGUCCGGUGGCAGGUCUGCUCUCUGCUCGGGAUUUUCUGGCCAGCCUGGCGUUCCGCGUGUUCCAGUGCACACAAUACAUACGACACGCUUCCUCCCCCAUGCACUCGCCCGAACCGGACUGCGUCCAUGAACUUCUCGGACACGUGCCGAUAUUGGCCGACAGAACAUUUGCACAGUUUUCUCAGAGUAUUGGCCUGGCUUCGCUUGGAGCUUCCGAUGAAGAUAUCGAGAAACUGUCAACACUGUACUGGUUCACGGUGGAGUUUGGACUGUGUAAGCAGGCGGGGAUGGUCAAAGCGUACGGAGCAGGACUGCUCUCAUCUUAUGGCGAGCUGGUGCAUUCUCUCUCAGAUGAGCCAGAGCGCAGGGAAUUCGACCCAGAUGUCGUAGCUGUUCAGCCCUACCAGGACCAGACUUACCAGCCCGUCUAUUUUGUGUCUGAAAGCUUCUCAGAUGCUACAGAGAAACUGAGAGCAUAUGUGACCCGCAUCAAGAGACCAUUUUCUGUGCGGUUUGACCCAUACACAGACAGCAUAGAAGUGCUGGACAACCCUCUGAAGAUCCAGCAGGGGCUGGAGACCAUUAAAGACGAGCUGAAGAUUCUCACGGACGCCCUGAAUGUGUUGACUUGAUUCUGUCCCGUUCCUCUCUGCUUCAUAUGUGACGGUCUCAUCGUUAUGCCGUGUGUUCGUGUCUACAUCUGCUGCUACAGACGUUGUUGCUUUUAAAACGCAGAGUGCCAACCUCAAAACCUCACAUCGGUAGUUGACUCCAGAAACCUCGAAGAACGCUGGUGACUAAAGAGUUUUCUUUUCUGUUGACUUCCAUAGAGUCCAUGCUUGGUUGCCAAAAUUCUUCAGAAUACGUUCCUUCAGGUUCCACAGAAGAUAUAUUAUAUAUCGGUUACCAAAGAGUUCUGAUUCCCAUUGAGUUACCAAAACUGAACGAAAAACAGCGGAAGCUGAAGCUGUUUAGUUCACAACCAUCUUCGAAUUUUGUUCUCGGUGGAUGUUUUAAAUCAGGGCAAUCAAACGACUCUGGUUUACAUGCAUUGACUUUUACUGUAGAGACAAAAGAACAUGAGGAAGCCGUUCCUCAAAACGUUCCUCAAAAUAUGUUUUUGGUAGAUAUUUUAAAUCUUGAUAACCAAACAGCUCCAUUUCCCGUUGACUUAUAUUGCAUAAAAAAAUACAGAAAGUCAAUGAAAGCUGAAACCGUUUACUGCAGUUGCCAUCAUUCUAUGCCAUCAAAAUAUGUUUUUUGUAGAUAUUUUAAAUGUUGGUAACCAAACAUUCUAUGGAUAAAAAAAUGUAACGGAAGUCAAUGGAAACCAAACAGUUCAGUUACCAGUGUUCUUCAAAAUAUUUACCAAGAUAUUAUGAAUGUUGGAAACCAGUUUUUUUUUUAAUUCUCAUUGAUUUUCAUCAAAUUAAAUAAAUACAGUUGAAGUCCGUGGUAACCAAAACUGAAUUGACGAAAAAUAUAAUUGAAGUCGUUGGAAAUGUUUUGGUAACCAGCAUUUUCUGAAACUUUUUGGUUGCCAACGUUCAUCAAAACAUCUUCUUCGUGCUCCACACAUAAGAGAAAUUCACACAGGUUUGGAAUGACCUGGAAAACAAGGAUGGAAAAAAUAAUAACAACAACAUUUUAAUUUAACUUAAUUUAAUUUAUUAACUAUCACAUGCUUGAAUUGAUGGAUCACUCUGAAUAAACAGAAACUGUGUCAAUAUGACAUUAUUAUUAUUAUUUUAUGUUUUUAGAUAGAUCUUCAGUGUAAAAAAAAAAAAAGGUAUUAAAGCUAUUGAAGCCAAAAGUUAUGAAAUCUCGCUAAAGUUCUACAUGAAAGUAAGUUCAAAAUAUGUACAGUAUAUAAUCAAAUAUGUCUCAUAAAUGCAAAUUCUGAAUGUAUUAGUAUUCCAACUAUAUUCUUAAAAUAGCCCAUCAGUGCAUUCAGCUGACGUAUUCUCUUACAAACGGUAGAAAUAUUUUAUUAAUAUUGAACACAGCGAAUCAUUCGUGAAAUAAUGCAGGCCCGCUUAAUGCCUGCUCGUGUUUGUCGGAAAAAAAUGAAAUAUGAAUAUAGUCCAUCUCUUCAAAUGCCAUUUCUAUUAAAGCUGCAAGGAAACUGUGUGACCAUGUUCGUGCUAAUAUAAAGAAAUAUGUUUGACUA